CGCUGGGGUGGGACGCAGGGGCGCAGCAGGGAGCACCCCUCGGGGCGCACUGCCGGUCCGAGCGGAGGGGAAGCGCGCGGCGCACGGCAUGGGCUGCGGACCUUCCCAGACUGCUGAGGACCAGAGACGCGUGCCCGCGCCCAGGAAGGGCUGGGAAGAGGGAUUUAAGGCUGAUGUCGGAGGGACUCAUUCCAGGGAGGACGGCAGGCCCCAGAAGGAAUCUGUGGUACCCGAGGACACUGGGAGCAGCCCCAACAGCCCGGAAAAACAGACUCCGUUGGGAAGCUUACCUGGAACCAUACCAGAAACCUCCCCAGCUCUUAGUGAAAAAAACAGAAGAAUAAAUUCAGAUCUAGUGAUGGAUGGAUUAAUCCAUAAACCCCAACCCCUAAAGACCCAAGAGCGACAGAAGUCAUCGGAUAUUCUGGAGGAAUUAAUUGUCCAAGGAAUAAUACAGAGCCACAGCAAAGUAUUUAAAAAUGGAGAAUCCUAUGAUGUCAUGGUGAACACGACGCCACUGAGAAAGCCGCCAGCCAGGCUGAAGAAGCUUAAGAUCAAACAGGAAGCAAAGGCUUUCACAAUGAAUGAGCUGGAGGAGAAGAUGCGGGCAGUGGAGAGGCGCAGGAAGACUAAAGAAGAAGACAUAAGAAAAAGGCUAAGGAGUGACCGACUUCUGUCCCCGGCCAGUCACCCGGGUGUCGCGGAACCGGGUGGGGCUGAGGUUCCCUUUGCCAAAGGACCCCACGAGGCGACUUCUGCCCCCUUGGAGCCAGCACACCUUCAGGGAGCAAAGCCCUUGAAGAGGAAGAACAGCGAUGCAGCCUCCUGUGGAAGGAGCUUCAGUUGUGAAAGCCUCGGGGUGGUGGAGUCAGACCGGUCCUACAACCAAGCAGAAGAUGCCUUUGAAUGAAGCCAUCUUCCGUGAAGUGCGUGAAAAGGCGAAAUUCCCCCCAGCUGGGACCAUCCUCGUCGGUCGCUGUUGUGCUUUCUGGCGGCCUGACCUCACCCCGCUGGGACGCGCCGUGGGCGGAGGGAUGGUUGUGUAACCUGCAGGGGCUGAGCCGAGCGGAGGAAAU